AUGGUUAAAGCGCUUCAGUUCAAAGGCGACAAGAAAAUCAAGAAGAGAAAGCGUGUCGCGGACCCCGAGGACGUCGAUACCCCCGCCUCAAAAGCCCUCACCACCACUGCCUCCGCCGACGAUAACGCCGUUGCUUCCCAGGAUGAUGAUUCUUGGGUGCACGCCGAGGCGCCGUCCGACAUAUCAGGCCCCAUUGUCAUAGUACUGCCUACGGAGCCCAUUACAUUUUUAGCCUGCGACGCGAAUGGCAAAGUGUUUUGUAGCGAGGUCGAGAACUGUGUGGAAGGCAAAGCAGAAACUGCCGAGCCUCACGAUGUGAGGCAAGUCUGGGUUGCAAACCGGGUUGCUGGAACAGAGCAGCUGAGUCUCAAGGGUCAUCAUGGACGCGCUUCGAAACAAGGCAUCCUCUCCGCAACCGCUACCGCAAUCUCACCCUCAGAAUCCCUCCUCGCAUCCCUCACUCCCCCCGCUUCCCCACCGUCCUCCUCUCUCCCGCCAACUUUUUCCAUCCAAACCGCAAACUCUACAUACAUCAGUAACCCUUCAUCUACCACCCUCGAUGUCCGCGCUGAUGCUUCCGAACUCUCGCCCGCCACAACACUGCAUAUCCGCAUGCAAGCGCGCUUCAAGCCGCGGCUGCGCGUCGCGAAAGCGGAGAAGGCGGCUGAGAAGGUGAGCAAGAGGGAAUUGGAGGCGAUUGUGGGGAGAAGGCUGGACGACAACGAGGUGAAGAUGUUGAGGCGUGCGAAGAGGGAGGGAGACUUUUAUGAGAAGUCGUUGGAUUUGAAGGUCAAGAAUGCUCAUGAUAAGUACGCUUGA